GCGCCGAGCCUCGCGCUAUAUCGAGUGCAGUCGCUGUCUCUCUUUCUCUGUCCGUCUCUCUCCUUUCUUCCUUCUGCCUCUCUUCCUCUCGCCCUUACUCUCUCUCUCUCUUUUUCUUUCUCUUUCUCUUCCCCUCUUCUAUUCAAAUUGGUCAUCAUUAAAUAUUAGCAUCUUCUUCUUCGAUCAUUCUUCAGCUAGUGCUGUCAGUGUGAUACUUUUGACAUUUCAACGUGCGGGAACGAUCGGAAAACUGGCCAGGAACGGAGUGAUCGUCGAGCCAAGCUCGACGAGGAGGAGGAAGAGGCGGCACGAUAAUGGGCAACGCCACCACGAAAGACUACUCGAAGAGCACCUACGUCGGCACUAGCUUGAGAAAAGCGCGUUGGGAUGGUCCAGGCCUUCCAGCCCCACCGGGGAAACCGAUUUUGAUAUCGGGAACCAACGAGACGCAGCCGGAUAUAGUGGCGAUACGAUGGGAAAGAUCGUCGAGUAACGGUGGAUCAGCGAUUGUUGGAUACUUGGUCGAACAUCGACGACUGGGCUCUCCUCAUUGGAUACGAAGUAGCCCCGGCCUCUGUGCCUUUCCCGAGCUGACUCUGAGCGGUCUCGAGCCAGGAUGGCGUUACCAGUUUCGCGUCCGAGCUCAAAAUGCACUUGGAUUCUCGCGACCGAGCGAAAUCUCUGAGCCGCUCACGGUUACCUUGCAGAAACCCUCUGCCGCUUGUGCACCACGUUUCGAUCUGGAACUCAAGGACACCACCGCCCUCGAGAACGAACAAGCGGAAUUCGUCGUACAAUUCUCGGGUGUGCCAUUGCCGAAAAUUUCGUGGUUCAAGGACGGUUUCGAGAUUUUCAGCAGCAGGCGCACUAGGAUCAUCACGGAUAACGGAAAGAGUGUUCUCCUGAUUCAUCAAACCGCGCUCAACGACGAAGGCGAAAUCAAAUGUACCGCCACCAAUCGAGCGGGUCACGUUGCUACCCGAGCUAAAUUAAUUCUGGAGGCAUCACCACGGAUACGUUUACCACGUCAAUACGAGGAUGGUCUCCUUUUUGAGCAGGAUGAGACCAUUAGAUUGAAAGUGUCCUUGGCGGGUAAACCAUCACCAAUUGUCACAUGGUACCAUGACGGAGAAUUGAUAUCGAAGGAUAUUAGACACGUGUUUGAAGUAAUGGAUGGUGAAUCAGUCCUGAAAAUACCGGAUGCUAAACGAAAUGAUCGCGGCGAGUACAUCGUCAAGGCCACGAACAAAUUGGGCGAGGAUUCAGCGUCUUUUCUUGUCACCGUAACAGAUCGACCUGCUGCUCCUGGCAAAGUGUCUGUCGCAAUGACUCUUGGUAGAUCGGUGACGUUAUCGUGGAAGGAACCAGAGGACGAUGGAGGGUGUAAAAUUGGGACAUACAUCGUCGAAUACUAUCGAAUUGGUUGGGAGGUAUGGCUCAAAGCGACAACGAGCAGGCGCACGUCCGCGACGUUAACUGAACUGAUUGAGGGCUCCGAAUACAAAUUCCGCGUAAAAGCUGAGAAUCCUUACGGCGUCAGCGAUCCUAGCGAGGAAAGUGACGUUGUCUUCAUUCCAGAUCCUAAACGAAGAAUUGUGACACCGUCUUUGAGCGAAAAAUCGCAGUCACACCGAGAGAUCAGUCGAUCUCGUGGCGAUAAACGAGAAGUGAGUUUCACUAUGCCAGCGCAAAGGACCAGAAGCUUAACGAGGGAAGAAGCUAGAGCACGAGAUGACGGAAAUCACCUUGGAUACGACGAACGAUCAGCUUCCGCGCAACGGCUCGCAACCUCUACAGAUAGACCAUCCAGAGCUGACAGCAGAGUGACAUUUGCAUUGGAUACUGUGGAAAAAGAGCAACCGCCGAUUCCCCCAGCCAGAUCGAAAGACCAUGCGAAACAAGAGGUCUCUCUUAGAAAUCACACAGAGCGAACGAAUACCGCAACAGAGGCGCGAGACAAACACGAUGUCAAGAGAGAACGAACAAUGUCGCCAAAACCAAUAGCAACUGUAGCGGUUUCCCCUUUGAUCAUCGAAGACAAUUCUAAAUUGCACAGUGUGUCUGUGACAAGAGAAAGAAGAAGCCUCUCUCCACUUUCUAUGCCAAAAAUUCAGGAACAUCAGAGAGAAGAGAAUCGCAUCGCUAGUCAUUAUCCUCUAUCGAAUUCGUCGAAUUCUAUUCUGAAAAGACAGACUGCUGUUGUAAGCGAAUCUACGGCAUCUUCACCGAAUAACCUACGAGCGAUGCCGCUAGAGGAUGACGAGAACGCGUUGCAUGGUAGCUCGGAGUUUAUGCUAGUUUUGUAUCCUGAAGAUGAAACGCAAGAGAGGAGAAUCACACUUGACAUGAUGAACGGCGCAGAAAUCAGAAAUAGUAAACGAGGCAUGAUUGAAUUAAUGGAGGAUGAGAAUGAUCUCAUACCGCCGCCGAUGUCGCUGUCUCUGCCGGAAUUAUUCAGCACGCAACAUCUAGUGGUGGAGAUAAUGCGGGAAGCAGUCAGCUCUACAGAGCUUCUUCACGAGCGAGCUAUGGAGCGUUUCUAUCGAGCAGUCGCCGCUGAGGAAGCAUCUGAAAUUGCUAAGCAUAAGACACAGCUUGAGAGGCAGACUGGUGAACUGGCGUUGUCGGAUGCUGAUACCAUUCAAAGAUCAUCGCUUCGGAGACGCCUAUCCAAUUCCAGCGUUACUACACAGAAUCUGAUCGCUUCGUGGCAAGCAAAAAAGAAUCGCCGAAGAUCAAGCGAGGGUCAAGCCGAUGUCGCUUCGAAAACGAUGAAACUCCUCUCGCCGGUUUUACUGCAGGAUGUAGAGGCCAGAUCAGAUCCAAAUCUUCCAUCUGAGACGACAAUGGUGGAUUCUUGGAGGAGGAGCGACGAUCAUGAAUCCGUAGAACGUCUGCGCAGAUGGCACGAAGCGAACGUGCCGCUAUUGGAGGAGACGCAACCGGAGAAAUCGAUAGCAGCGGGUAAUGAAACGGAAGUGGAAAUCUCCACAGUAUCGAAUAGAACGGAGUCUCAACCGAUGACUCAAAUAACAACGAAAGAAAGGGAAGAAGAGCUUAACAGUGACGAGAUUUCUGAAGAAUCCUCAGAAGAGAUUAGUAGCGCGGACAGCGAGGACUUAAAGUUAUUAAAAUCAAGAAUCUUGGCGAGACGAAUUAUCGAUGAGGAGGAUACGUACCAUCCUAGAGGAAAGCCAGUUCCAUAUGUCGAACCGGAAAUGCGAUUUCCGUAUGACAGAGUACCAACCCUGGAAAUCUCGCCUCCUCCGCCCGUCAGAGCAGUUACCCCCGUAUCACCGACCAAUAUGAUACCUAAAUCGAUUCUGAAGAAGCCUAAGGAGGAGAUGACUUCUUUAGACAAUUCUGACAGACCGUUUUCUUUGGAGAAACCAAUCAGAAAAAUACUACCGCAGCAAUAUUCUUAUGAAGAAACGGAAAAAACGAAUGUAGAAUUGAGGGAGAAAAUCUCGGAUCUUCCAAGCAUGUCCGAAACUCUUAAGACACCUAUGAUGUCCGAAUCUGACACAGAUAGCAUUCUAUCUGCGGCGGAAGCGGCGAAGAAUCGAAGAAUACAAUCGAAAUUGCGGUCUAUGACAUCCGAAGAGGAAGCAGCCGAGAUAGAGGCCAGAUUAGCGGUCGUGAAUCAGUACACCGAAAUAGUGCGGGAGCACUCGAGUCAUUCACGUCACGGUAGCGCAGCUAGUUCUCGAAGAUCCUCCUUCUCCGAGGAUCAGGAUCAAAAGCAUCGAGUGCAAGAGAAGCUUGCAUCAAAGCCGAUAGAAAAGCAAGAUGACGCAUCUAAAUUCAAAGCUACAAGCAAGAAUGAAAUUGACAGGCAAAAGAGGAACAGCCAAGCGCCAGAUGCUAAAAGAGAAAUCAUUGAUUCCAGAAGUACGACCCCCGCUAGAGAUACAACGACCGUGAAAGAAAAGCGCGGAAGCAGACCGAGCUCUAGGGACCAAUCUCCAGCUGUGAGAAGGAGGGAACGAGUAAGCGGUGCCUCUUCGAGAUCAUCUUCGAAGACUCGCAACCGCACACCGUCGCGGGAAAGAAACAACCGGCAAUUAGCGACGAACAAUUUCAACGAGCAAGGUACUCAUAGAUCCAAAGUGCCUUCUAGGCCCUCUUCGCGCUCGAGAUCAAGUUCCAGGGAAAGAUUCGGAGCGACAAAGUCGGUGGAAUCGAAGAUUGAGAGGCUGCAGAAAACGCUCGAGAAUAAGUAUCGAGCGAUGAGAAAGGCAUCCGAGUUCAGCAAGGAAAACGCCGAGGAAGGCGUUCCAGAUCAAAUAGACGAGAAGCAGUUAGCUCUGGAAGCUAAGAAAGUUGUCAGAUCGACGGUGAGCUACAUAACUGACCUGACCUUGUUAAUGGCUGCGAUGUACGUUUAUUUCUUUAAGAAAGAAACCUUGGCGGUUCCAUUUAUCGUACUACUCCUAUAUCGAAGAGUACAGGAGGAGAUACACGGAUGGAUGCCACGUCGCUGGUGGCGAUCCACCAAGAAACGUUAAUCGACCAAAGCGACCAGACCAUCACGUCACACGUAUCUCUUGUACAUCCCGUUUACCGAUUGAAAACGCCAAAUGAUUGCCAAAGAAAUAAUACAUUAUAAUACAUUGAAACGAUAUAAUAUAUUGAACAUCAAUUAUUUAUGCCGUUCUCCAUAUGUAAUUUCAUCGCUAUAUACUUGUUAUCAUUAUUUGCUGUAUUUAUAAUGAAUGUUAAUUCUUUACUCUCCUAAUAAAUUAUUGUACAUAUUUUCAUCGAAA